UUUCCCAUUCUGUUCAUUACAUGUCCCAACGGAAAAUGGUGGCCAGAUAGCUGAAAUAUUGAUCUCUUGGAAUUAGGCUGUUAAAAGCAAGGAUCUCACAAUGGCAGGAAUACCAAGCAUUAAUUGCAGGCUGCUCAAUUCCCUGCGUUGCAGUCUGUCAGCUUCUACUGGUUCAGGCAAGAACAUGUGGAAACCAGCAAUCAUGUUUUCAUCAAAGAGCUAUUCAACUUUGGAUCAAGUGGAAUAUGAAGUAAAGGCACCAAAGUACCAUAAGCUGGACACAGCUGUACCGGAGAAAACAACUUUAACCAGAAAUGAUGCUUUGAAGUACUACAAACAAAUGCAGCAAGUUAGAAGAAUGGAAGCCGAAGCAUCAAAACUUUACAAAGAGAAAGUCAUUCGUGGUUUCUGCCAUCUUUAUACUGGUCAGGAAGCAUGCUGCGUAGGAAUGAAUGAUGCUCUUCAUGAAGAGGACAGUGUUAUUACUGCCUAUCGUGCACAUGGAUGGACAUUUAUGAAAGGCAGAACGAUGACAGAGGUCCUAUCUGAACUCACAGGAAGGAAAUCUGGUUGUUCUCAAGGCAAAGGUGGCUCUAUGCACAUGUAUGGACAUGAAUUUUAUGGAGGAAAUGGAAUUGUUGGAGCACAGGUUCCACUUGGUGCAGGAAUCGCAUUUGCACAUCAAUAUAGAGAAAACAAUAGAGUCUGUGUCACAUUGUAUGGAGAUGGUGCUGCCAACCAAGGCCAGAUCUUUGAAGCCUUCAACAUGGCGGCAUUAUGGAAGCUUCCGUGCAUUUUUGUUUGCGAGAACAAUGGCUACGGGAUGGGAACCUCAAUUCACCGUGCAUCCUAUUCGUACGAUUUAUAUACAAGAGGCGAUUUCAUUCCUGGCAUGCAGGUUGAUGGUAAUUGUGUCGUCACAGUUCGGGAAGCGAUGAAACUGGCUACCGACUGGUGCAGAGAGGGAAAGGGUCCAAUGCUAUUGGAGAUGUGUACAUACCGUUACAUGGGACACAGUAUGAGCGACCCGGGUACAAGUUAUCGUUCCCGUGACGAAAUCCAAGAAGUUCGUCAGAAAAGAGACCCAAUUAAUGGAUUUAGAGAUAAAAUUAUUGAGGCCGGUCUAGCCACUGCCCAGGAGCUGAAGGAAAUUGACCUGAGUGUCCGAAAAGAAGUUGACGUUGCUGUCAAAUCUGCCCGCGAAGACCCGGAACCUCCACUUGAAGAUCUGGCCAUGCAUAUUCAUUCCACUGGUACGCACGGUGUUCCAGUUCGAGGCUGUGACCUAAUGACUGAAUUGCCUAGUAACUGAACAGCAGAGUGACCAAGUAUAGAUUGUAUCAAUAACUUUCAAUUCCUUUGCUUGAUUUUAAUUCGCAGAUUGUUUAGUAAAGUAGUGACAUUUGCAAAAUCCAAACUUUUAUGUUUUUUGCCCCGACUCUCAUUUGAUAAUUUUUAGAGAUAUGAUAGUAAGAUAAUUUAUUUUUUGUUUUGAUUUACGAACCAAAGUGAGCUGCAAAUAAAUCAUCUUUUCAAGAAAUUUAUUGAAAGCAGCAAUUCUUAA